UUAGUGAAAUUAUAGUUCCUUUGACUUGAAAUUGUAUGGCUUGGUCACUACCAGAUUACAGAGAGCAUGAUGUGCUUUACAAGCCAAAAAGUUUUCUAAGUAACAGCAGCAGUGAAAAUUGUCAGAGAAACAACUAAUUAAUCUCUGUUCCUUUACAGCUGUUUAAUGCAAUGCAUAACUAAAAGUCCUGUUAAAUUAAUUAAUGAUUUCAAUUAUGAACUUUUCUCCAAAAUGUUAUGAUUUGUAUCAGGCUGAUAAUGCAGUGACCUGGGAGUGUGAAAUCUGUGUUAGGAAGAGAGUCGCCAGUUAAUUGAUUCACAAAUUAUUUAAAGUUUGUUGCACCCAAGGGAGUGCUCAGUUUCACGACAGCCAUUUCAUAAAGUGUACAAACUCCUUUUUCACCUUAAGAAUGUCUUCAGUUAUUAAGCAUGAUAAAAUACCAGCAUGUUUCUAGACCUGUGAGUAACCUUAACAUUUAUGAUUUAGAAUUUGUAGGUGAAUAUGUAGAGACUAAAUCUAUGAGGGAAGGAGGAAAAAAGUUCGCUAAACUUAAUGAUUCUCCUUUGUGGCAGUUUUUUCAUUGCUUUUAGACUAGUAAUUUUAAAUAGUUUUUUAAACACCACUCCUUUUUUUUCUGUGUGUUUGCUGUACAUCAAACACAUUUCAUGUUAAAAGACAAUAUAAUUGGCUUCUGUGCCAUCUGGUCAGAGCCUACCACUUUCUUUUACAGUACCUUACUUUCCUUUUCCUUUCAAUAAAACUCUACUACUGCUUUGUAAAAUAAAUAAAUAAAUAAAAAUAAAUGAUAAUAUAAUUAUGAAUUCUUAAAAAGCUCUCAUGGGUACCAACACAAUAAAUAUUGCUUCAGUAAUUGCUAGUUAAAGCAUUUGAGUUACCAGUGAGUUGUCAGUGAGUCAGUGUUGGAGAGGGUAUUGACAUCUAAAUGCAAGAGCAUCAAUUAUUAUAAGAUACUUUGAGUCUUUUUUUAUAGUAAUAUAGGAAAAAAAAUUAAAGGUGUCAAAAAAUUUGCUUCCAGUCUGGUUAUUCACCCAUAGCUUAAAUAACCAAUAAAAAUACACACACAUACAGGGAGAAAGGAGGCAAUAUCAUCACUAUUUUAUUAUGUAUUUGUUAAAGUUUUGUUGAUGUUUUUAUGAUGGAAUCAGGCUGAUUUUCAGUGGAUGAGGUGGCCAGAAGAGAGAAUCUUUUCUUGAGUGGCCACACCUAACCAAGGUAGAAGGUAAAGAGGUGGCUUUGAGGAAAGAGUCUUAAGCAGGCUUAGAGGGCAGCAGGAAGUUCACAUGAGUGUUGGCCUCAUUAAAGGAGAGGCUCUAGACUCUCCUCUGUUCACACACAUAUUUGGACUUUAUGAAUAGUUAAAAAGUCCACUGCUUUUAAGGUAGCUAAGCACUUAACAGUUUCAUUCCACUUUGAUAAGCAGUUUGAAUUUUUUAAAUUUAAUAUGAAAAACAAAUUUUCCUCAGCUCUCAAUAGGUAAGUGUAUUUACAGGAUAGAGCAGGAAGCCUAUAUUCUGGACAGACACUAUGUUUUCAAAUUUCACUUUUUCUGGUGGCCUUUUCUGUUUCACUUUCAAUUUUUUGACCCAAGAAAACUGCCCAAAGAGAAGACAAAAUAGAGAAACAUUAUUUUAAAAAAUAAGUUUGUCUUUGUUGAACUUGCUUCAGGGCAAAAAGAAGUGGACUUGAAAGGAAAGUAAAUUUAUACUAAUUUUUGCAUUGUAGGAAAUGUACUAUUUUAGACACUGACUGACUGCUUCUGUUUUCUAAAAUUAAGGAGCCUAUAAUCUCAGCACCAUUAACAAGUGCUGUCAUUCAGAUACACAGUGUCUGGCUGAUUUAAAUAAAAUGAAAUGAAGAUAGUUGUUUCUGGUCCCUUGGCUUCACUCAUUGCCAUAAACAUAUGCUCUGCGUCCCGCUUCUUUCCAUCUUAUUUAUGACUUUAAUUUGUUGUGUGGGCUGCGCUAGAAAUUAAAUUUAAUAUAAUUCUCCAAGGGACCCUGUCAUAUAAUAACAUGGUAAUUUCUGUGUAUCCUUUUGAAAAAUGAGGAAAUUAAUUCUUCCUGACAUGUUCUAAUUAUUCCAGUGUGAACGGCAAAUCCGUUUUUCCUAGCCCCUGAAGUGUUAUAGGCAAAUGGCUGGUGUUCAAAGCUGAGGUGCUAAUGCUGACCAGCAGUGCGUUUAAUUUGAAACAUGAGCAGACACCUUUCAACACACCUUUGUAAUAUUGAAGUACUUUACAGAAAUUAAUUCACUACUUAUUUGGCAGCUUAGCCUUGGGGUUAUGUUUUUUUAUUCAUCAAUACUACAGCCAUGUUAGCAUAAUGCUUCCUAUUUCCUUCAGUGCAUGGCAUCUAUGUAUGAGACUCACAGUGUGCAAUGGAUUGUUCAGCUGCGCAAAUGAGGAAAAAUUUAGACAUUUCAGAAAUACAAGUUGUGUGCCAAGUUGUGUUUACACUUUACAGAGAGGUAUAGCAAGGUCUUGCAUGUUAAACUUAAUUACAGUCUAUGGUUAGCAGCUUUAAACUGGGACAACCUUGCAGUGAAGAGACAAAUAUACUCUGCUUCCCUGAUGGACAGUUCAGAUGUGAAAAUCCAUUUUGUUUUACAUAAGGAAUGAUGCCAUAAAUAGUCAGCUUGUGAAUAAAAUUUAUGGAACAGGAAUCUCAAGAUCUGACUGCCAGGAAGGAAGUAGCUGUACCUUGGGAGAUAAAGGACUAAAACCAUUUUUGGUGCUGUUGACAAUGUGUGACUUAUUAUUCAUUCAGCUCAAUUGGAAGUCUCUGGUAUUCUUUAGAGGAAUUACAAGAAGAAUUGGCUUUAUCUGUGAUCUUUAUUGUAAAACUGGCUAUUACAUUUCACCAAUCAAGUCAAUCACUGUGUCAGCCCUGAUACAAUUUCUUUGUUUUAGUGAGAAGUUAAUAAAUGCCAUUACACAUUCACCAUUUAUUGUUAUAAUUAACAAGAAAAAUGAAUGCAUGCAAUACUAUUUAAAAUAGGAGAUAGAAAUACAAUUAAACUUAGAUAAAAGAAGUAGAAUUGUGUUUGGAGUGGCUAUAAUCAAGGCUCUCUGUUUAUCUGUUUUUAUAUCUCCAUAUUACAUUCCCUUUACAUGUUAACUUAAAUAGGAGAAUUGGGAAUGUAGCAUAAUUAUUCUGAUAAAUAGCAUUAAUAUUGCCCAUAUUUUUUCUGCUGACCAUUCAGCUGCUAGAUAUUUAGUUUUAUUCUCUCAGUCAAAUCUACUGGGAGCUACUGUCAGGUUUAGAUUCUUGAAGCUUUUCUUUCUACUUUAUUAAUAGAAAGUGUGGGCUUCUUUUGGCUGGACACUGGGGAGAACAUAACAACAUGAUUUUUUCCCAUUCAAGUACAUAUGCCUCUGUACUGUUCUCAUCAGGGCAAGGAUAUACUAAGGUUAUUUCUAUGACUUCCUAGGAGUAGGAUUUGGAAGGACAUUGGGAAGUAAAGUAGAAGCAAGUAUAUUCCUUCCUAGACUCAUAGACUAUACAGUUGUUCAAGAUUUUCUAAUCAUGGACUUCUCUUUAUGCCCUAGGAAAGGAAGAAUAAUCUAUUGCCCAUUUGGUCCUUAUUUUUCUUCAUUAUUUUUCCCCGCUGAAAUUAUAGAAAGAUCGUCACCAAAGAGCAGAGAUAUAGGCUAGAUCAGAUCGUGAUCCUGGAAGACCCAGAUCCUUUUUCAGAGCCUGAUACACUAUUUAUAUGAGUUCUAAAAAAGAAUUGAGGAUUUGCUUUUUUCCUAAUACUUUAAAGGAUCCAUAAAAGCUGUUGACUUAAUUAAAAGCUGUCAUAUAUGCAAUUAUGCAUAUACCUAGUUCCAUUCUCUUUCUAGGAAAGAAACUACAAACAUUUUUAUAUGUUUUCAUCUCAGGAUGCUGCAAUCAGUGUGUCCAGCAAAAUGAAUUAAAAGAGAAGAAUGUCUUCCAAACAAGCCACCUCUCCAUUUGCCUGUGCAGUUGAUGGAGAGGAAACGAUGACCCAGGAUUUGACCUCAAGGGAAAACGAAGAGGGCAACGAGCAACACGUGGGUCCCCAUCUGCCUCUGCACCCCGUAAUGCACAACAAACCUCACUCUGAGGAGCUACCGACACUUGUCAGUACCAUUCAACAAGAUGCUGACUGGGACAGUGUUCUGUCAUCUCAGCAAAGAAUGGAGACAGAGAAUAAUAAGUUAUGUUCCCUAUAUUCCUUCCGAAAUACCUCUACCUCACCACAUAAGCCUGACGAAGGGACUCGGGACCGCGAGACAAUGACCAGUGUUACUUUUGGAACCCCAGAACGCCGCAAAGGGAGCCUUGCUGAUGUGGUGGACACACUGAAACAGAAGAAGCUUGAGGAAAUGACUCGGACUGAACAAGAGGAUUCCUCCUGCAUGGAAAAACUACUUUCAAAAGAUUGGAAGGAAAAAAUGGAAAGACUAAAUACCAGUGAACUUCUUGGAGAAAUUAAAGGUACACCUGAGAGCCUGGCAGAAAAAGAGCGGCAGCUCUCCACCAUGAUUACCCAGCUGAUCAGUUUACGGGAGCAGCUCCUGGCUGCACAUGAUGAGCAGAAAAAACUGGCAGCCUCACAAAUUGAGAAACAACGGCAACAAAUGGACCUUGCUCGCCAACAGCAAGAACAGAUUGCAAGACAACAGCAGCAACUUCUGCAACAGCAGCACAAAAUUAAUCUCCUGCAGCAACAGAUCCAGCAGGUUCAGGGUCACAUGCCUCCGCUCAUGAUCCCAAUUUUUCCACAUGACCAGCGGACCCUGGCAGCAGCUGCUGCUGCCCAACAGGGAUUCCUCUUCCCCCCUGGAAUAACAUACAAACCAGGUGAUAACUACCCCGUACAGUUCAUUCCAUCAACAAUGGCAGCUGCUGCUGCUUCUGGACUCAGCCCUUUACAGCUCCAGAAGGGUCAUGUCUCCCACCCACAAAUUAACCCAAGGCUAAAGGGCCUAAGUGACCGUUUUGGCAGGAAUUUGGACACCUUUGAACAUGGUGGUGGCCACUCUUACAACCACAAACAGAUUGAGCAGCUCUAUGCCGCUCAGCUGGCCAGCAUGCAGGUGUCACCUGGAGCAAAGAUGCCAUCAACUCCACAGCCACCAAACACAGCAGGGGCGGUCUCACCUACUGGGAUAAAAAAUGAAAAGAGAGGGACCAGCCCUGUAACUCAAGUUAAGGUAUUUGCCUUGCAGGAUUGUGAAAACAGUUUGGAAAAAUAGCAAACCAAGCUAUGUUAGGAAUAAACAGCAGGAAACAGAGCAACAUAAAGGAACCCCAAAAAUGUUCCUCUUUAUGGUAAAUUUCAUGCUUGAGCA